AUGCGGAUCGAGAUAAUCCUUGUUCUUCUAUUCGUGUCUUUGGCACACUCAUGCCAAAACUUCGACAAGUACAUGAACAUGUUCUGCAAGUAUGGCGCGGAGACCACUCCGUGUACUGUAGAGAAUUAUUCUGCUGAAAAAGCGGCCUGCUGUGCAAAAAAUGGAAAUUGUGCCUACAGCGAUUUCCCAACCAAGAGUGUGUGCUGUUUCACUGACGAAUGUCUGAAGAGAUGCUAUCCAGGAAAAUUGCUGAAGAACGGACAAGUCUACUAA